AUGGGCAAUGCAGCAACCGCAAAGAAGGGAGAUCCAGCUGAAAAUGUUAAGGAAUUUCUUGCUAAAGCAAAAGAGGAGUUUCAACAGAAAUGGGAUCACCCAUCACAUAACACAGCCUGUCUUGAUGACUUUGAUAGAAUCAAAACAUUGGGCACUGGAUCUUUUGGACGAGUAAUGCUGGUACAGCACAAGGCAAAUAAAGAAUAUUAUGCCAUGAAAAUACUUGACAAACAAAAGGUGGUCAAACUAAAACAAGUCGAACAUACAUUAAACGAAAAAAGAAUAUUACAAGCAGUCUCUUUUCCAUUUCUUGUGAGCCUAGAAUAUCAUUACAAGGAUAAUUCAAAUCUUUACAUGGUUCUAGAGUUUGUCACAGGGGGUGAGAUGUUUUCCCAUCUUAGACGGAUAGGCAGAUUUAGUGAGCCUCACUCCAGAUUUUAUGCUGCUCAAAUCGUUUUGGCAUUUGAGUACCUUCAUUACUUGGAUAUAAUUUACAGAGAUCUAAAGCCUGAGAAUUUGCUUAUUGACUCAUCGGGUUAUCUGAAAGGCUACUUGAAGGUAACAGAUUUUGGUUUUGCCAAGCGAGUCAAAGGAAGAACCUGGACACUGUGUGGUACCCCAGAAUAUUUGGCUCCUGAAAUUAUUCUCAGUAAGGGCUAUAACAAAGCUGUGGACUGGUGGGCCCUUGGUGUGUUAGUAUAUGAAAUGGCUGCAGGAUAUCCACCAUUCUUUGCUGAUCAGCCCAUCCAGAUCUAUGAAAAAAUUGUGUCAGGCAAGGUGCGAUUCCCAUCCCACUUCAGCUCAGAUCUCAAGGAUUUAUUGCGGAAUUUACUCCAAGUAGAUCUAACCAAGCGAUAUGGAAAUCUGAAAAAUGGCGUGAAUGAUAUAAAAAAUCACAAAUGGUUUUCUAUCACAGAAUGGAUAGCCAUUUAUCAAAAGAAGGUUGAAGCUCCUUUUAUUCCAAAAUGCAAAGGUCCUGGUGAUGCCAGUAACUUUGAUGACUAUGAAGAAGAACCUUUGAGGAUUUCCUCCACGGAAAAGUGUGCUAAAGAAUUUGCUGACUUUUAA